ACAGGAUUACUGGGCUCUCGCGAGAGAAAGACAUUGCUUGCAAUAUAAAACAGCUGGCGUGCAACUGAAGUAUUAAGACAUUUAUCUUUUGAGACUUUUUAAGUUUCGAAUACCCGCUGAACUCGUUUCUACGUCUCUCAUUUUGCAGGUAAAACCAUGGACAUGAUGGUAGUUGAACCGCAACAGAAUGUUGUAGCCAGGAUGGCCAACCUUCCUCUAGUGAGCUCUACCUAUGACAUGUUCUCCACUGUGUACUGCAACACCAAGGAGAACCACCCCUAUAUAAAGUCAAUGUGCGAGGUGGCAGAGAAAAGUGUGAAGACCAUCACUUCAGUGGCCCUCACCAGCGCCAUGCCCAUCAUCCAAAAGCUGGAGCCCCAAAUUGCAAUUGCAAACUCGUUUGCCUGCAGAAGUCUGGAUAAAAUAGAAGAGAAAUGGCCAAUUCUUCACCAGCCCUCUGACAAGAUUGUUGCUAAUGCCAAAGAUGCUGUGACUGGAGCAAAAGAUGCGGUGACAACAACCGUGACUGGGGCCAAGGAGUCGGUGUCUUUCACUAUCACCGGGGUGGUAGAUAAGACCAAAGAAGCCGUUCAAGAGAGUGUGGAGAUGACCAAGGCGGUUGUAAAUGGCAGUGUGAAUACUGUGAUGGGCAGCCAUGUAGUGAAGAUGGUGAGCACUGGACUUGACACGGUGCUGAGCAAGUCUGAGUCCCUGGUAGAUAUGUAUCUCCCCCUGACUGAGGAAGAACUGGCCACGAAGGCCAAAAAUGUAGAUGGGCUUGAACUUGCGGCCAAUAAGCCAAGUUAUUAUGUAAGGCUGGGAUCGGUUUCAACCAAGCUACGCAAGCGGGCUUACCAUCAGGCCCUUGGCAAGGUACGGGACGCAAAGCAGCAGAGUCAUGAGGCCAUUUCGGAGCUUCGGCACAAUGUGGACUUGAUUGAAUAUGCAAGACAAAACAUGGACAGUGCCAAUCAGAAACUUCACAAUGUCCAGGAUAAGCUGCAGCAGUCUUGGCUGGAAUGGAGGAAAAAGACAGGAUGCAAUGAUGAGGUUCACGAUGCAGAGCACAUUGAAUCUCGCACUCUUGCUAUCACCCGUGGACUUACCCACCAGCUCCAGACGACCUGCCUUACCAUAGUCGCCAGCGUCCAGGGCUUGCCUCAGAACAUCCAGGACCAGGCUAACUCUCUCGCACGCUCUGCAACCGACAUCUACCAGAACUUCAGUUCCGUCUCUUCAUUCCGUGAGGUUUCUGACACUGUCCUCGCCAGCAGCAAAGGGCAGCUCACCAAAAUGAAGGAUUCUGUGGAUGGCGUGAUGGAUUACCUGGUCAACAACACCCCUCUCAAUUGGCUGGUAGGUCCCUUUUACUCAAGGCUGGUUGCUGACUCCCAGCCACCCGAGCAAAAUAGGGAAGAGAAGAAAAAGUCCAAACGGGAGGAAUAGGGUCCCAACAUCUCAAUACACAAUUUAUAAUUUUGUAUAUCUGAUGUUUUGUGUCCACCCCCACCUAAGCCAAUCAAAAAAGUGACUCCCUUUUUUAAUUAAUUAUAUGCUGUUUUCCAUACAGUGUCUUAAAUGUUUAAACAUCAUACAUUUAAAAUAUUUGUCCCAUUUACAUCUUGUUGCAUCAGUAAUAACCAGGAAUUUACUGUCUCUGUAAAACUCUCUUGCUAUUUCACCAACCCUGAUACGAUCACAUCUACUUGUUUUGAUGAUGACUCGGGACAUCCUCAUGUCAGGAUGCUCUUUGGAGAAUAUUUCUGCCUGAGCGCACACGUUGGGCAAUCAUUUAAAGUAGUCCUGUUUUAAUGUUGUGAGGUAAUCACGGUUUGGGUGGCAGUAACCAUUAUGUACAUCACACAUGAGCACUUAUAGAUACAUAUUUAGCUUCACAGUGUACAGUAACUUGAAAACCAGUUGGUUUCAGGAUCACCAAGGCUUGUAAUCCAAAGUGUGCGUUUUUCUUUUUUUUUUUUUUUUUUUUCUUUUGUUGUGUUGGCAAUGGAUAACCGCUGCCUACCUGCUUGUUGAGUUAUCCCCUGUGCCUUUGGAAAGUUGGAAAGAAAAUGAAAAACCUGAUUUUUGGAAACUGCUAUAAAAUUCAAAUUGAGACCUGACUGAGUUCUUUGCCAAAAUUAUGUGCACUUAAGUUGCUUUUGCUACUGCAUUGAAUAUGUAUUUUGUAAUUUAACUUUGUACACAUUUAUUCAUAAUAAACAAAUGAAUAAGCAUCUA